AUGGGCAACGAGCAGAGCAGCCAGAAGGGCGCCCACUUCCGCAGCAGCGACAAGGACAAGGACAAGCAGGGCCAUGCCGCCUCCCGCGAUGCCACUCCCCCGCAACCAGCGCCUGUACCCGAUGCAGCGCCCAUGGACCCAGCGCCCUCGACAGAAACCUCACCCCGCGCGCCCUCGCCCACCGCCCCCGUCGACGUCCCCUCCACCCUCGCAUCAACCUCCUCCCCACCCCUCUCCUCCGCCAUUCCCUCCUCCCUCGACCCAGCCUCCGCCUCCGACUACCUCCCUCCCGCAUCCCAAUUCUCGCGCCCCCCGCGCCUGCCCCUCCCCAUAGAAGAAGAAGUACACACCCCCGGCAGCCCCAUCAUCUCGCCUCAAGAGAUAUGGACGCCUGUCCACGAGAGCGAUGCCGAUGGCAUGUUGCCGCGCAGAAGCUCUAUGCUGAGUACGACAACGGCGGAUGAUGAGGAUCUGGGCGAGGAGUUCAAGGGGCCCGGGCAGGGGAGGCCGACUGUGCCGACGCUGAUUGAGUGGGAGGGGAGUGGGGAGAGGGUUUAUGUGACGGGCACUUUUGCGGGGUGGAAUCGGAAAUAUAAGUUGCAUAGGAACGGCCCCAGCAAGAAAAAAGAUGCCCUCUCCGCCUACGUCUCCGUCACCCCAGGAACCCACCACCUCACCUUCCUCGUCGACAACGACAUGCGCACAAGCGACAAGCUCCCCACCGCCGUAGACUACACCAACAUCCUCGUAAACUACAUCGAAGUCCCCUACCCAGAACUCACCCCCCUCCCCGCCAGCCCCCCAGCCAAAGACACCGCCGCAGCCACCGACCCCCUCGAUGCCGCAACCCCCGUCCAAGAACGCGAAGCCCCAGCCGGCAUGUACCCGCCCCAAAUCCUUCCCCCCACCCCGGAUCUAGACCCCGCCUCCAUCACCGCACCCCCAAUCGAACCCGCCAAACCCCCCGUCCCAGAACCAACAAAGAAAUACCACCAAAACAUCCCCCGCUACCUCCUCGAUCUCGAUGCGCCUGAGGAAUCAUCCCGUUUCGCACGCGCAAACGCCAUGACGAAUAACCUGCCUGCGCCGCCCUCCCUCCCCGGGUUUCUGGGCAAGAGCAUAUUGAACGGAACCACGCCGAUGAAGGAUGAUAGCAGUGUGUUGAUUCAUCCGAAUCAUACUGUGCUGAAUCAUCUGGCGACGAGUAGUAUUAAGGAUAAUAUAUUGGCUACUAGUGCUACUACGAGGUAUAAACAGAAGUUUUUGACGACGAUUAUGUAUAAGCCGAAGGAGGAGCAUGGGGAGGUUUAUUAG